UGACCUUCACUACGUAUGUGCUCUACGUAGGCUCGGGAAGCGGAUACACGUAAAAUAGCGGAAGAAAAUGUACACAAUGGCAAUCUGGAAAUCAAUUAAGUAGAGAAAAAAAGAGCAUUAAUUGCCUUUCUUCAUGCCCGCCCCGGUGCGGAAUGGCGGACAGCUGGCGGAGUGUGUGAGAGGCGGAGAGCGGAGGAGCGGCGGAGAGAGAGAGACGGGCUGCAGUCAGACUGGAGGAGCAUGAGAAGACUGAGCUGAUGGUUGGAGGGCUCGUGGAAGAGGCUGCAAAUCAAGAAAGCCUGACUGGAAGAUGCCAAGAAGAAAACAGCAGAAUCCACAGCCUGUCAAGUUGGAUUCUAAAGAUGGCGUAGGAAUAAACACUCAAGCAAGCCUUUCUUUCGAGGGUGACUUUCUGCUGGGCCAAGAUCUUGACUUCUCAGAUCCAGAUAAUGACAACAAAAUUAUAGGUCUGGAUAAGUUUUCAGCUGAUCUUAGUCUGCCGAGCUUUCAACUGGGAGACGAAGAGAGCUCCUCCUUCAGUCGACUCAGCAUGGAGAGUGACACGGAUGAUCUCCGCCCAGGCGACAGUGAGCGUGAAGAGGGGGCGUCCGAGCCCACAUUUCCACCGUACCUCUCCUGCAGGGGCUGCACUCAGCUCCUUGAUGAACCUCUGGGACCUGGCAUGGACCUGGUCGGGCCUUACUGUCUGCGCUGCUGUAAAGGGAACAUGGGUAGCGUAGUGGACAGGGCGCAGCGCCUGCUGUGCUCAGGCUCACAAGCUCCUGGCACUGGUGCUGGGCAACCCGGGGGUGAGGACAGUGCUCUGAAACUCCACUCCUGCAUGCUAUGUGGUUUCUCCUCGCGCUACACAAACCACGUCAAGAGGCACAUGAAGGUCCACAACGGCGAAAAGCCGUACAGGUGCCCGCUGUGUUCUUACGCCUCUGCUCAGCUAGUUAACCUGCAGAGACACUUGCGGAUCCACACUGGGGAAAAGCCUUACAAGUGUGAGCACUGCACAUUUGCCUGCAGUUCUUUGGGGAACCUGAAGAGGCACCAGCGUAUGCAUAUGGUCACAAAUUCUGUUCAGAAUAUACAACGACCUGCGAGUGGACAGAGCCUUCGAUGUCCUCCUGUAGGCCAGAAACCCAGAGAAGAUGCUUCCAGUGCCUCACGUGACGGAGCUGUGCGAUCUGAUGCUGUGAGAUCCGAAGCUGUACGCUCAGAAGCAAAUAUAAACAGUGGAGGUGACAGUAGGUACGUUCAUGCAUUUGCGGCCCUGAAACCAGAGCAGCAGUCCUCCUCCCGGGCGUUGGAACCAGGGCAGGCCAGAACUCAGCCUGCAGCUCUACCACCACUACUGUUCCCCUUCACCUGCCGGCUGUGCGGCCUGGCCCUGGACGACGAGGACGGUUCCUCGGCGCAGAUCUGUGCUAAGUGCACCUUGGAGAUGCUCACAAAAGACACUGCAGGCGGUGCUGGCGAACGCGGUGACAAAGUGUACACCUGUGCUGCCUGCCCCUUCCUCACGCACUACCCCAACCAUUUGGCUAGGCACAUGAAGACCCACAGCGGCGAGAAGCCUUACAAGUGCCCGCAGUGCGACUACGCGUCCGCCCACUUCGACAACCUCAAGCGGCACCACCGCGUGCACACGGGCGAGAAGCCCUACAAGUGCCACCUGUGCGAUUACGCCUGCGGCAACCUGGCCAAUCUCAAGAGGCACCAGAGGGUGCACUCGGGUGCCAAACCUUUCCAGUGUGCCAUUUGCAACUACAGCUGCAACCAGAGCAUGAACCUAAAGCGGCACAUGCUGCGGCACACCGGAGAGAAACCGCACAAGUGCCAGGAGUGCGGAUACACCACGGGCCACUGGGACAAUUACAAACGGCACCAGAAAAAGCACGGACUGGCCACAGAUGGUUGGGUGAAAGUGCCAUUGCCUGAGAACGAGGAAGAGGCGGAGGAUGACGAGGACGUGUAGCCUGGCAACAGGAGAAAUGACUAUAAUAAUGAGGAGAGGUCAUUUGAAAUUGAGAUUGUACUGCAGAUAGCAGAUGAUGGAGGUGUUACUGUACCAGCAUAAGCUUAGUUGUCAUUAAUUAUUAUUUUUUUACUUUGUCUUUGGUGUCGUUAUGUUUUUCAUGUUUGUUAAAAAAAAAAAACAUCCAUGCUGCUACGCAGAUUUGUGCACAAGUCUGACAUUGAAUAGAAUGUUGAAAUGCCUUUGAAUACAACUGGGUGGCUAAUAAGAGUGCCCUUGAUUCAUUUGUGAGUGCCAAACAGACAUUAUUACUAUUAUUAUUAUUAUAUACUGCUACCUUACUAAAAUGCAAUUCCUCAAUCAGUGUUUACCUGCAUGCCUAUUUACCCUUGCUCUGCACCGCUGCCUAUAGAACAGUCAGACUGUAUCUGUAUCCAACUCACUAAAUAAGCCUUUUGGAUUCUGAGACCUUUGCUGUCCAGCCAUUUUUAAACCUGCACAACACCCCUUUACAAACCACAUGUUUACAUUACUGUCAUUGUCAACAUUAAAACCAUUAAUGAAUCAUUAAUACUUAAGCGCUCAUGUAAAGAGUGAUUACUGGGAAUAGUGUUGCUUUUUGUUUGUACGUCUUCGGUGUGAUAUAGCUCAUUGUUUUGUCUGAUGUUACUUGAAGCAAAAGGACACAUAGUAAACGUUAGACUGGUCAUGCUUAAUGUAAAGCUUUUAUUUUUGUAUGUGAUUUUUUUUUGUUUGUUGUUGUUAUUGUUCUUUUUUUUUUUUUAAAGAAUGUUCGGCAUGUAUUUGCCACCAGUGGCAUUAAGUAAAAGAAAAAGGACCAUAAAUUCUAUAUGCAGUUUAUAACUUUCAGGUUGCCAAAUUUAAUGAGUAUUGAGACAAAAUCCUUUCAGUGUGUGGUGCUUGAGUGUUUUCUUGUAAUUAUGCAGUGGUUUCAUAAUUGCCUUAAAUAUUCUGAAAUAAAACACUUUGUUGUGA